AUGAAUCUUCCGAUUCAUGACUCUUCUGCACCUAUGUCUCUGGCCCAGCUUAUCAAGACUGCCAAUCUGGCAGAAGCCAACGCUUCCGAAGAAGAGAAGAUAAAAGCUGUGAUGAUCCAGUCUUGCCAGGAAUAUCAUCCCAUCGAUUCCAUGAAGAAACCUCCACCAUCUUAUACGUGCUUCAGUUGUGGAACACCUGGCCACUAUAGAACGGACUGCCCAACAAACAGGGACAAAAAUGUUGAGUGUGUUCCCAGAAUUAAAAAGAGCACGGGAAUUCCACGGAGUUUCUUGAGGGAGGUGCAUGAUCCAAAUACAAAGGGCGCUAUGAUGACAAACGAUGGAAAAUACGUAAUACCAAUUAUUAAUGCGGAAGCUUAUGCUAGAGGAAAGAAGGAGAAGCCUUCCUUUUCACUGGAGGAGCCGUCGUCCUCCUCCACCUGCUCCGCAGAUCCUGUUCCAGAGGAGCUGUUUUGUCUCAUUUGUAAGGAGAUAAUGACUGACGCAGCUGUCAUUCCCUGCUGUGGGAACAGUUACUGUGACAAAUGUAUUAGAACAGCAUUACUGGAAUGCGAGGAACAUAUGUGCCCAAUGUGUCAUCAGACAGGUGUUUCACCUGAUGCUUUAGAUGCCAACAUGUUCCUACAUCAGGCUGUGAACAACUUCCACAAUGGAACUGGCUGCACAAACGGGCUCCACCAGCAGAUUCAGCAGCAACAGCAACAGCUGCUGCUUACGGAGGAGUCCAAGUCUCCCUGUAGUUCAUCGUCUUACUCUCGAAGUUCAUUUACCAACUCCCAGUCAAGAUCAGGUUCUUCCCAGUCUCAGUUCGACUCUCGAUCAUUUAGUCAUUCCAGUUCUUGUUCCUACCCGCGAUCGCCACCGUAUCCAAGAAGAGGCAAAGGGAAGAGUCCAACUAUCAUUCUAGGUCAAGCUUCCUGUGGCAGACCUGCUGACUUCAGAGAUCCAUCUGAAAAGGCAAGAUACAGAGAACGGGAAAAGCGCUACAGAGAACGGUAUGAAGACUUCCGCAAGGGCUGUGCUGUCAGCCCUCAAACUCCACAUCCAGCAAAGAGAGAGAACUGUUCUCCAGACAGUUUUGGUCCCCCUGGGAGCAAACGAGAGAAUCUGCUGUAUGUUCAGGGAUGUAGGGAGGAAUGUCCUGGUGGGCAGAGCUGCAGAAAUUGUAACAGAGGUGGAAAUUACCAUGAAAAAGAGAAGGAGGUGCAAAGUCCACUGGGAGAUGGCAAACGGAAUAGACGUAAAAAACACCGGAAGAGAAGAAACAGGGAUAAGAAUGAAGGAUUUCCCAAUGCCGUGUUGUUAGAAGGUGCUAGAAAUCCAAGAGACACAGUUACAGCAGAAGACAUAGAUGUGGCUGUUCCUCCUAAGAAAGACACUACAGCCUCCCAAGAGAUAGUGGACAGCGAUCAUGAAAAAUCUCUUUGGAUGGAACCUCCUGUGAAAAAAGUGAAGGAGAAGUAG